AUGUUAAGCCAAUAAGAUUAGAAUGAUGAUGAAAUCUUGUCUGACAAUGGAAACGUUGAAAUAAUAAAUUUUGAUUAAUUUGAAUAGGAUGAAGAAGAGAAUAUAAUAGCUGUUAAUAAUAAGAACUAAUAAAUAUAAUACACAUUCGGAGAUUAAAUUUAAGUUUAGAAAGGAGAGAUAUAAAAAUAAAAGGAAAUUUAAGAAAUAGUGUAGUUUAAGCAGGAAGUUGAACAUGAUAGAAUAGCUAAUUUUGGAAGUUUACAUCGUGAAGAAGACUUUUAGAGUUGGAAAGAUGAGAAUAAACAAAAUGAUUAAGACUAAUAAGUAUAAUAAAUAAAUCAAAUUGAUGCAAUGACAGAGAGAUAAGAAAACUUAAGUUAAUUGAUUUAUUAACCAGAUUAUAUUAUUGACAUGAAAGAAUUCUUAUCAAAACCAAUCGAUUAAUGUAAGAGAUAUAAUAAUAUUUUAGAACAUUUGAUGUAAUUGACAUUGGUUAAAGAUAAAAGUGGGAUAAAUAAAUUUCAUCCUAAAUUUCUUUUGUAUUUUAGUAACUAAAUGAAAAUGUUUUUAUGUUCAGCAAAACGAUAAGCUUUCAGUUAGUAAAUUCAUUAUGUUUUAUCAAUUCUUUAAGAUAAAUUCGAUAGAAAGCAUAAAUCUUGUUUAGGAAAGAUUAAAGGAUAAAGUGGGAUAUUUAAAUUAUUUGACACAGGUGAUAAUCCUAAAGAAGCGAAAUUUUUAGAUAAAGUCAGAAAAGAACUAUGUUUAAUUAAUUUUUAAAAUUCAAAAUAAACUGGAUAAGUGAGAUAAAGUGUUAUAAUACCAAGAAUUAAAGAUGGUUAAGCUUGUGAAUUUAAACCUUUGAAUGAUGCCGAUGGAUUAUUGAAAGCAUUCUAUUCCUUGCAAUAUAAAGAUCAAAUAAUACAUUUUAUGAACAAGACUCCAAUCUAUAAUAAAGAAAAGAAGAAAUAUUAAUUACAAUUCAAUGAUCGAGUUACUAUGCCAUCUGUAAAGAAUUUCAUCUUACAUGAUAUUAAUUGUAAUGAUAAAAAUAAGUUUGUAUUACAAUUUGGAAAAUGCGCAAAAAAGACUUAUCAAUUGGAUAUUUGUUAUCCUUUAUCUAUUUUAUAAGGAUUUGCAAUAUGUAUAUCAUAAUUUGAGAAAAAAGAUUGA